AUGUCUGGGAUGCAGAGGCGAUCCUUUGUAAAGGAGAAAUCACUGUGCUACAACUGCUUGCGACCUGGUCAUGGGGUCAGCAAGUGCAAGUCGACAUACAAAUGUAGGCAAUGCAGGGGAAAUCAUCACUCCCUUCUACAUGUGCAAGCGAAUCCACAGGCUAUUGGGAAUCUUGCCCAGAUAGCAGGGAAGGACGAGCGAAACAUAGGUGCGUCCAACAACACUUCGGUGACUCUCAGUCAUUUCGCCCAAGGAGAGAGCACUCAAUCGGUUGUAUGUGCACAGGGCACUGCAAAAUCUGCACAGGAAACGGAAAUUAAGCGAAGCAUAUUACCAACUGCCUUGGUUUAUGUUCAAAACUCAAAAGGUGACCACGUAACAUGCCGUCUCUUAUUAGACACAGGUUCAGAGCUUUCGUACGUAUCCGAGCGUUGCAUUCAAGCUCUCGGAUUGACACGUUCGGCAUCACGCAUCUUGGUUACGGGAAUCUCUUCGGUGAAAGCAGACACGACAAGGGGAUGCAGCACCUUGUAUAUCAAGUCCCGUAUAUCCGAGGAUCAUUUGGUUGUCUACGUCCACGUGCUAGGCAGAAUUACUUCUUCGCUGGAACGCCAAAACAUCGAUGCAUCGGCACUCGAGGCAUUCAAGGAUCUGCAGUUGGCGGAUACAGAAUUCAACACAAACUCACCUGUUGACAUUCUAUUGGGAUGCGAACACGUAUGGUCGGUGUUUACAGGACGAAAGAUGUACGACAACAACGGUAAUCUUAUCGCCAUUUCUUCGGUGUUCGGAUGGGAAAACGUUCAAAGCAGUGCAAAAUUGGAUCCGGAGGAAAACGGGAAGUAUAUCGUGGAUCUUCCAUUCAACACUGCAAGCCCCGAUUUCGAAGAAACUCUACAAGGACGGCUCAAACGCUUUAAGUCGGUUGAGCGGCGGCUGAAACAGAACGAGCAGCUGCGUACACAGUACGUAUACUUUAUGCGGGAAUACACAAAUCUGGAGCACAUGCGAGAGGUGCCACCUGAAGAAAACGCUACUGGAAAUCAGAUUUAUCUACCACACCACCCAGUUCUGGGUUGGAAGCUACGAGUAGUUUUCGAUGGAUCUUUUCGUGACGCCAAUGAUAUGGGUCAACGAAAAGCACAGAAACUUGCAGAAAAUCGUUUGGAGAGAAGCACUUCCAAUCAAUCAAUCGAUUCCAUCAAGCACUUCCAAUUGUGCACUGUAACCUACGGAACUUCAUGCGCACCAUUCCUGGCUGUGCGAGUGCUGGAACAACUUGCUGUAGAUCAUCAAGAGGAAUACCCAAAUGCGACGAAAAUCCUGCUGGAGGAUUUCUAUGUAGAUGACCUUCUUACUGGGUCAAACAGUGAGGAUGAGCUACUUCGGAACCGAAACGAGCUGAUUCAGCUGAUGUCUCGUGCAAAUCUUGAACUCGGGAAAUGGGUAUCCAAUACACCAUGUAUACAAACGGAUGAUAGCGACACACAACCUGCACAAACGUCACCAGUAAAGGUUCUCGGACUGUACUGGCAUCCUGGAAAAGACAUUCUAACGUACAAUGUCGGUCUAGCUAAAAAUCCUGAUUGCACAAAGAGACAAGUCUUGUCCGACGUCUCGAGGAUAUCUGAUCCUCUCGGACUCUUGGCACCCAUUGUAAUCCAAUUCAAAAUCCUAUUUCAAAAGCUAUGGCUCUUGAAUUUGGUUUGGGAUGACCCACUCCCAACUAAACUGGCGAACAACUGGCUAAAGUGGAGAGCAGAUCUGGACAAUCUUCAAACAUGGCUACGGGACAAGACAAACGCAUUCAAGGAGAAGUCAAAUCCAACUGUUUGGCUACACUGGCUGAAGCAAAUCCGGUUCAUCCACUUGAUGAACUAA